AUGACACAAACUGAUAAUAAUAGCUACUUUUCAUUAAAGAAUCCCUCCAUUAACAAUAAACCACAACCAACGACAUCCUCUGUAAAUACAUCAGCAACAAGCACUCCAAAAGUCAAAAGUGGGUUAUUGAAUCGAAGACAACAACAUGCCUCUGCUGCCUAUCUACAGCCAUUAGAAUUGCCCUCAUUACCACCAUUAUCGCAAUUACUUCCAAACAAGAAAGAGCAGCAGCAGCAGCAGCAGCAGCAGCAACCAGCAGCCAAUACACAAGUGUCAACGGAUGCCACUGCUGCUACUGUCGCUGCUGCCGUGGCCGCUGGUAUGAUCCCUCAUCUCUCGUAUCCUACACACCCGCAACCCAUUCAGCCCAAAUCAAAUAAUGUGCUAUUUAACGACUUUAAUACCAACAACAAGACUGCAUAUCCCACUACUUCUAAUACGACCACAUCUGCCAAUGUCCCUGCUGGUACUACCACAACGACGAACAUGGCUCAAUUAAUGGAUCCCGUUGCUGCUGCUGCUGCUGCUGUUGCUGCAAAUGACUUUUCUGCCAAUCUGCCCUUGGAUAGUAUAUACAACAUGCCGUCUACUGUCGCUUCGAUGGAUCAAACAGUGACUACAGCGCCUUCCUCCAUGUAUUUAUCAAACUACGACCCCAAUUUAAUGCAGCAGCAAACACAACCUCCUGCUGCUCUUGUGAUGCAACAACCUCCACUGCAAGCACAAGCACAAGCACAGCAUCAACAACAAAGAGCCCGUCAGUUGUCCAGUUCAAGUAGCUCAUCAGCAGAAAAGCAAUACUCGUUUGUCGCAAUUCCUGGAACAAAUCAGAAAAAGAGGCCACGAAGAAGAUAUGACGAAAUUGAAAGAUUAUAUCAUUGCACUUGGCCUGGAUGCUCAAAGGCAUAUGGUACAUUGAACCACUUGAAUGCCCAUGUCAGCAUGCAAAAACAUGGCCCCAAGAGGCAUCCUGCUGAAUUCAAGGAAAUGAGAAAACUAUGGCGUAAACAGAAAAAGGAACGAGAAGCUCAUAAAAAGCGAAAUGAAGAAGCCAUGAAGCAACACAUGAUGAAUCCGCCACUGCCUCUUCCUGCCACACAACAGCAACAACCACAGCAGACAUUUUCAUUCAAUGGUUUACCAGUCAAUGGAUUCUAUUAA